AUGGCCGAUCGAAAAGGCGGCCGCACCGCAGCGGAUCAAUCGGACGCGCACGCCGCCGAGACGAUUCGGCUGCUGUCGCGUGGUCCGUCGAACGGGCGUGGCGGCGGCAAUGACCACGACGAAGACGAGUUUGACGACGACGUCGACAGCAACUUGGACAGCGCAGACGAAAAUGCGGACGGCGACAGCUACCUCGAUGACAGCGGCGGCGACAACGCCAGCAGCAGUCGCCACAGCAGCGAGCGCGGUCCGUUGGCGCGGGGCGGUGCCGGCGUGGGCACGACGCGGGCCCAGCAGAACGAGCACCUCCGACGCCGCCGACGCCGCACGGCCGGCCUCUUGUGCGUCAUCACCGUUGUGCUCCUUUUUGCAUUGGCCAUUGCGGCCGGCAUUGACCGCCGGCACAAGAACGGCGACAACGACGACGGCGGCGGCGUUGGUCCUCGCGUCAACUUGGGCUACGCGCAGUAUGCCGGCAUGCGGCUCCCAAAGGUGUACCCACCCUCGAGCGACGGAGGCAGCGAUCACGAUACGCGUGCCAACCCCAUCGCCGUGAACAAGUUCUUGGGCAUGCGCUAUGCAGCACCGCCCGUGGGCGCGCGACGCUGGCAAGCACCCGCUCCGCCGGACAAUGAAACGGCCGUGCAAGCGGCCACGGACUUCCGGCCAAUCUGUCUGGGCAUGGGUGCGGAUCCAGCGCCGGGCAGCGGGCAAGCCGAGGACUGUCUGUUUGUCAACGUGUGGGCACCGGCGUCGGCCAUGGCCAAGGACGGCGCACAUGCAGCCGACGAGACGGCCAACUCCAAAGGCGUUCCCGUCUGGGUCUUUAUCCAGGGCGGCGGCUACGUUGCCAACAGCAAUCCCAACAUUGACGGCGCCGACGUGGUGGCACGGUCGGGCGGCCACGUUGUCUUCGUCAAUUUCAGCUACCGGGUGGGCCUGUACGGCUUUCUGGCGGCGCCCGGCACAGCCGCCACAGACGCCGACGUCGUGCCCAAUGCCGGCCUGCUCGACCAGCGCGCCCUGCUCGCCUGGGUGCAGGAGCACAUCCACCGCUUCGGCGGCGACCCGCAGCACGUCGUCGUGCAUGGUGGCUCGGCCGGUGCGGGGUCGGUGGCGCUGCACACGGUCGCCUAUGGUGGCCGCGACGACGGCCUGUUUGUGGGCGCCGUCGCCCAGUCUGUGUUUGUGCCGACGCUGCCGACGUGUGCGGACGUCACCUACAAGUUCUGGCGCGCCGUCCACGCCGUGUGCCCGGACCUCAAAGAUGACGAGGACGAAAAGGCCGUCGGCGAUGCUAUCGCGUGCCUGCGCAAGACGCCCGUCGAGCUGCUCCAGCAGCGUGCCAAUGUCCCGUCGUCGUUCCAGUUUCGCGGGAAUGCAUCGACCGAGGGACCCGGCGUUGCAGGCUUCUAUUGGGGCCCCUGCGUGGACGGCGACCUGAUUGUCGACCGGCCCUCUGUCCUCUUCCGGCAAGGACGCUAUGUGCGUGUACCCAUGCUGUACGGCGUGGCCUCGGACGAAGGCACAAUAUUGGUGGCCAACGCCGCCAGCCAAGACGACGUCGUUGGCUUCAUCGUCAGCAACUACCCCGGCCUGGGCCCGGCCGGCGAGGCGGGAACAGCCGCCUCUAUCAUUGCCCAGCACUACCCCCAGGCGCCGGCCGUGCCGCAGCAUGCGCCGUGGUUCCCAACGCUUGCGCACGUGUACGGCGAGGUGACGUUUGUCUGUCCCGCGGUCAAUACCCUGGAUGCCGUGGCCGCGGUGCCGGCAGAAAAAUCCGCGGCACCUCGACCGGCCCUCUUUGCCUACCGCUACGCCAUGCAGGACCCCGGCCUCAUGGCCGCUGGCCUCGGCACCGUCCACAUGAUGGACGCCGCCGCCGUCUUUGGGCCCCGCAACGUCAUCUGCUGUCCGCCCGCAAGCUACUUCCGGCCGGACGACGGCUCCACGUCGCCGGAGGAGGACCGAAAUGGCAACCCCGGCUUGGUGCCCGUCAUGAUGGACUACUUCAUUUCAUUUGUGCGCAGCCUCGAUCCCAACACGCACAAGAGCCCACACGCUGCCGACUGGGUGCCGUGGGGACGUCCCGAGGAGCGCACCGACGCCGACCGGCGCCAGCGACUCGUUGUCUACACGGGCGGGCACCAGGCCAUGGAGACGGUACCGGACGACCAGUCGGCGCGGUGCCGCGUUUGGCUGGACCUGGCAGAUCGGCUGGAGCAAUAA